UCAAGCGUUAUCGAGCGUUUUCGAACAUUUGUCAAGCGUUUUCGCGCGUUUUUCAAAUGUUUCCGAGCCUUAUCGCAGGCUCUACAGUGCAAAUCGACAAAGUAUAAUCGAAAUGAUCCUUCGCCGUCUCUCUUCACCGUCGAUCCUGACAAAGUGACAUGUGACAGCGAAUAAACCCACGUGAGAUGAAAGUGCGAGAAUUCGCCAGGCGGCGCGUUGUGUCGCUAGAAGUGCGAGCAACGAACGUGCGCAUUGGCAAAAUCUAUACUUAAAAUGGAGGAGAAAAGCCAGGUCGCGGAACGAGACACCAAGAAGGAAGAAAUCGUCGAUAAAGAUGCGAAGACCAAAAGUUCAAAGAAAAAUCGGAAGAAGAAAAACCAGGCUGCCAACUCUGGUGGUGAAAACCACGAAGAGCUGAGUAAUGCGGAGGACUCUGACAUGUCUGGUGCCAGAUGUAGCAUUUUUAAUAUAAAGGACAUUCGGAUGGCUAUGGAAGUGUUCAACAUACAACAGAAACCUGCCAAGACUCAGGAAGAAGCGAUGCAGAAGCCGUAUAAAUUUUGGAGCACUCAACCAGUACCUAAGAUGGAUGAGAAGAUCGUGCUGAAUGAACCGAUUGAACCUGAUAAAGUUUCUAUCAGAGCGGAGCCCUACUCUCUACCAGAAGGCUUUCAGUGGGAUACGUUAAACCUAGAUGAUCCGCUAGUGUUGGCAGAGUUGUAUUCAUUACUUUCUGAGAAUUAUGUUGAAGAUGACGAUGCCAUGUUCAGGUUCGACUACCCACCAAACUUUUUGAAGUGGGCUUUGCAACCUCCUGGUUGGUGCAAAGACUGGCGCUGUGGAGUCCGAGUGAGUAAGAGUGGUCGACUAGUCGGUUUCAUCUCUGCCAUCCCAGCCACCAUGCGUAUUUAUAAUCAUACCCAGAAAAUGGUGGAGAUCAAUUUCCUUUGCGUCCACAAGAAGCUACGAUCAAAAAGAGUAGCACCAGUGUUGAUUCGAGAGAUUACGAGGAGAGUAAAUCUUCAGGGUAUCUUCCAAGCUGUGUACACCGCUGGCGUUGUACUGCCCAAACCCAUUGCCACGUGCAGGUACUGGCACCGAUCGCUCAACCCGAAGAAGCUGAUCGAGAUUAAAUUCUCCCACCUAUCUCGCAACAUGACAAUGCAACGGACGCUCAAGCUCUACAAACUGCCGGAGAACACCAAAGUACCUGGUUUCAGGAAAAUGGUUUACACAGAUGUGCCUCAGGCUCACCAAAUACUAAAGGACUAUCUAGAGAAGUUCGACUUAGCGCCGGUGUUCUCCAUCGAUGAGUUCCAGCAUUGGUUCCUUCCGCAAAACGGAAUUAUCAACAGUUUCGUCGUGGAGAACAACGGCACGGUCACCGAUAUGGUGAGCUACUAUACCUUGCCCAGCACAGUGAUGCAUCACCAAACGCACAGGACCCUUCAAGCUGCAUAUAGCUUUUACAACGUUUCUACCAAAACACCUUGGCGUGAGCUUAUCACCGACGCCCUAAUAUCUGCCAAAAACCUGGGUUUCGAUGUCUUCAACGCUCUCGACCUGAUGGAUAACAAGGAAUUCCUCGAAGCCCUGAAGUUUGGCAUCGGGGACGGGAAUCUGCAGUACUAUCUGUACAACUGGCGUUGCCCUAGCAUGACUCCAGGAAAAAUCGGUCUGGUUCUCCAGUAGAUCGUGGUACCGAUCGACGAUUCUUUCCCGCAGGCAACAUUUCUGCAGCGCGCCGCAGCGAGAAAAAGGGAGAGAGAGGACACGCUCGAGGGUGUUCACGUCUGGGCGAGGAGAGCCGAUUAAAAGAUUUCCGAAGCCGCAAGGUUUCGGAGAACCCUGGAUAUCGUGAUUAGUAGAAAUAUGCAGAUUUGACGGGGACAAAUUGAGGGGAAGAGUGCAUCGCGUUCUCAUCGUCCGUGAGAACGUCCUAGUUCGCCAAGCCGAAACUUGGAAGCGACAUAAAUCGUAUGUCCCUCCUGUUCGAAAGUAUAUACAUGUGUGUGUAUAUAUUCUCAUGAUUUUUUACGUGCAUCGGAUUUUGGAUGCAUGGUAGGUACUGCAAAAAAAAAUUGCCUGGCUCUUCGGGCAGGCUGACGUUUGUAGAUAUAUAUUGUCACGAGAGACGAACAAUCCAAGAGGCUCGGGAGUUUCCGCGAGAGGCGACGGGUCCUCUCGAUUCCUGACUUCAAAUUCCCUUCUUUUUUCUUCCUCUUGGCCAGAGAAACGAGCAAUCCAUGCCGAAAGGCGAGUGAACCGGAAGACCUUGGACAAUUUAAUAAAAGCGGUCGUACGCAGUGGGCUAGGGAGUUUUCCUUGAUUUCUCUAAUAUGGAACCUUUUCUUAGUUGUCGGGGAAACCCUUAUUUUGUUAUAGAAAGAAAAUCGAAUCGAAAAUGUCCGCGUAAUGUCGAGGCCAGUGUCAUUUUACACCCAGGAAAAGAUAGCGAACUGAAGGGUCUUUAAUACUAGCGAUGCUCUUUAAUCUAAUCAUGGUCGUCUCUAGAAUGUUGACUUAAUCUGUGGUAGACAUAUACGACAGUCGGUACGUUGUGAUACUAAUGAAUUUAUUCCAAUUAAACACGUGUGAUAGUCAUUGCAGAAAGAAACGAGCAAUAUUUCUUCACAUUUGUAAAAUCUGAGUCUUAGGGAGUUAGCGAAGAAGGCGUGGAAAGUACAAUAGAGCAGUUGCUCCGUGGCAAGAGCAAGCAUUGUCGAACAUUUAUUCCGAAUAAAUUGGAGGGUGUAAAACGACAUUUACCGUCAAGUUCAUUCUCUUAAAAAAACGAAAACAACAAAAAAACUGCGUUAAAAUGAUUAAAUUACUUGAGAAUUCUGGGUAACGUCAUUCCACAUAGUACUUGUUAAACACAGUAUGGAUACUGACCAUUAUACUACCGAGGAAUUGAGACACUAUAACCUUAUUAAGUUGAGAAUGCCUUCUACGGUGUGACUUUCGUUUAUUAAUUUUUUAUACAAAAAUGAAAAGUACGCGGUUAUACUGUGUCUGUGGUCGGAUCACCACUGGGGUGCUGCUUAUAAAUAUAUUUACACGUGUAAUAAUAAUAUAUCUAUGCAUAUUUUGAAGUACCUCCAGAUACGUUUAAGGAAUAACAUAUAUUUAAGGCACAUGUCGACUAUGACGAGUUUCCAGAUAUAACAGUGACUUACCCCUUUGCUAAUUUAUUUUCAUUUUAAAUGCCUAAAUACGUUGAAUUAAAGAUCUCCAAUAACGUUACUGACUCGAUAACACGAAGGAAAUAAAUAUACAGAUCCGGAGGUACUUUAAAAGUAAAACUUUUUUCUAUAGAAAUAA